AGUAUACUGGUUCUGUUAUUGUUUACAAUGUGUUCUGUGGUUUACAUGCAUGGAGGAAGGUGUUUACAUGUUACUUACGUUAUGGUGGGCAAACCUCCCCCUCACACGACCCUGCGGGAGAAGACAUGCCGGGACAGUCGUGUGGAUGAUGAUGGAUUGAUGAGUUAUGUGUGACUCUGAGACAAAGCGCCUUCGGCGCCGCGUUUCCUUCCUAUCUGACAACGGCAUGGUCACGAGUGCGUGUGCAUGGUUGAAGCGCAAUGGUCGCUGUCAGUGUCUUUAGUCUUGAUUAAACAUGUCCAGUGGAGGUGCUGAUAUGGCAGAGGAAGAUCUAAAGGCGAUUAUCUACAUUAUUGAACUGCUGAUCUCGACGAAGCGCAUGAAUGUCAAUGCUCAAGUUGGAAGCCUUGACUUACUUCUAAAGCAGAGGCUUCACCAUUUUACCGAAGAAGUCACAGCUGACAGCAACCUUUCAAGAGUUCUUUUUGAGAAUGCACCCCAUUUACUCCAGCCUUGUGGCAGUGAGAACUUGUAUUGUUUCUUUCUUGAUCACUGCAUUUCGCUGUUAAUGCUUCUGAAAAAUUGUAUAGACACAGCGUCAAUGGCCAAAACGCCAUCACAACUUCAAGGCUCUUCUCAGCAAUGCCACGCUCCACCGGCGCCUCCUACCUGCCUUGGCGCUCUGCAGCAGAAGACUGUGCAAAGCCUCCUCCAGUUUGUAGUGGCCCUCGGGAUCAAUCCGAAUCUCUUACCAGGAGUGGGACUGGCGUUGGAACGACGGACAGUCAGUGUCAGUGCCAGAAUGCAGCACAUGUUUGCUUCCAUGGGAAAGACAUAGAUUGCUAGUAGCCUCUGUGCGAGCACUUCUGGUGUGCAUAAGGAGCCCAGUGCUUUCUAGCAUGGUUUUGCACCAUCACCUUGUUGAUAUUCUGGCAGCAUUGCUACAACUCUGCUAUGCACCAAUCCGCAAAAUUGCCAGUGACAAAAACAAUAAACCACAUUCCAGUAUGGAAAGCUCUCCUUCAACUUAUGAUGAUCUGAAUUCAUCAUUGACAAAAUGUAGAGCUGGCGCACCACCUGAUGAUGCCAGUUUAAUUCAAGAAAUGCUGGCAGAUCGAGAGUGCCUCUUCGCUGACUUGCAGUACCUGCUGAGAAAUACGUAUCAACCUUUGAUUGUUCGAGAGCUUCUGCUUUUACUUUCAAAUGCAACCAAACCAAAGGUAGAAAGCGUUUCAGGUGCUAAAAACACUCCACAUUGGCUGAAAGGCGUUUGUGGGCAACUCCUCACAGAAUGCCUGCUGCACGAAGGAGGCCUCGCACAAGUUAUUCUUGGCAUAUUCGAUGCAUGGAGCGUGGAUGACACUGGUGGUGUGGUGUCUGAGAAAGACUGGAAGAAAUGUGAAACAUUUGCCAAGAUUGUUGCCAGGAUGCCGAGCACUAAGGUUGUUACUGUGGAAAGCUAUUAUGAUAGGAUUUCUGACCAGGUGGUGCAGCUUCUAUUUCGGCCACAAGGCUCUAUAAUGGACAAGAUCAUCUUUCGAGUCACAUGUGCUAUCGUGGGUGCCAUGCUGGAAGAGCAGCCCCAAAAAACAUCUAGCUUUGUUUUCAGCAAGGUCUUUAGACCACUUUUCAUCUGCACCUGCCAGCAGGGUGGUGCCUUGAAAUCUAAUGGUAUAAUUGCAUCAGAAGAGGAUUUGGGGAACUGCAUUGAGUUAACUCACAAGAUUGUGUCCUGCCUUGACCCCAAUCAUCCAAUUCUUGAAGCAAUGCUUCCAGUUUUUCCAGUAAUUUUUGAAAUUGCCGUCUGCACUGAAAACACAGUGUCCUACCUACGGAAGCCUUGUGAAGAAGUCUUGUGUGCAGUGUACCACAGCCAGCCAUCUACAACAGCAAUGGAAUUAUUACACUGGUGUCUCUUCAAAGGUACAAAUCACCUUCCACUUGCCACAUUGCGUGACGACAUUGCCUUUGUGCUUGGUAGUGGCGGUGGUGUCGAAGCAAUACAUCGAUCGUCACCAAUGAGCAAUGAUGAAUGGCUAAAAUGGAUAGAUCAAGCUUUCCUAGCUGCUUCCUCUGUUUUCCAGCAUGGCAGCUUGAAAGAGUCAUGCACUAGGUUUUUCAUAUCUCUGCUGAAGAAACUGACUAGGGCCAUUGGAGACCUGCCAGGAGGCACAAAUGACUCAGUUUUGUCACCUGCAGCAUCACAUAAUGAGCUCAACUCACAGGAAGUUAAGAAUAACCUACUGCUCCUGCACCUUGUGGAAAACUUUGCUGAUUUACUGUCUGAAGCUCUUUUAGAAAAUAACCCUUCCCUCCUAGAAUUUGUUGUGGAAACAUUAAAUCGAGUUACCCAGCUAUCAAAGAGUACUGAAAUGGACAGUUUGGUCUUGCAAUCAACCAUAUUUUGCCUUACACUUCUGAGCCUCCUGAUCCCUACAGAAGACAUGGCUGCAGGAGAAAAUAAAGAAGUGUGGCAACAGUGCUACAAGUGCCUGGCAUCCUUGGCAGGCAGCCACAGCAGCACUGAAAUAAGGAACUUAGCACACCAAUUGCAGGUGUCGGUAGCAAGUCAAGGGGUGGCAGCACCACCACAGAAGUUGAGUGCCACAAGUAAUGCCGGCUGCUCUGCACCACAGGUGGCAGACGACAAGCAAGCCAGAGCUGAACGUCAGAAGAAGUUGGCUGCUAUUGCAGCUGGUUUUAACAUUCUGUCUAUUGAUGAUAGCCUUGGCUGUGAAGCAGAGGCUGCUGUAGCCUCUCGACAGCGGCUUGGAGAGGAAACUGCUGGGAUGGCGGCACAAUCAUCGGGUGUCCCAUUAGCUACUGGAAGCACAGAAUUUGAGCAGUUAUGGUGUGAGCUGCACGAUGGAAUGACACCCAUUCGUGGCCAUGCAUUCAUACAAUUGCGCCGAAGGCUUCUGGAGAAUAGUGCAGAACUAUGGCAGCAGCGAGACAAGUUGCUUGAAGCUUGCCAUGCUGGCAUUCAAGAUGAAGAUUCUUAUGUGUAUCUCAGUGCCAUUCAAGCUCUGUCUGUUCUUGUUGAAAGAGACCUGGAUCAUCUACUUCCAUGGCUGGCAGAACAGCUGUCCUUAGAGCAGCUCUCCGUGGAGGCGCGCCUCAACUUGGGAGAGGUCCUUUUGCGGGUCACUAAAAACAUUGGUGACAUCGCUCCAAAGUACAGGAACUUGCUGCUUAAUAGCUUUUUGAGUGCUGCAAAGCACUCUGACCAAGUCAUCAGAUGUUCAGCAGUAUCUAAUUUGGGCGAAUUGUGUGGAAAACUUGGUUACUCAUUUGUGCCAAUCACACAGGAGAUCCUUAAUUGUCUUCGUGGCCUCACCAGGGAUCCUGAUGCUAUGGUUUGCCAUGCUUCUGUCUUGGCUCUAGGGCGUAUUAUUGAAGGAAUGGGUCAAAAGAUAUUUCAAGUAAUGCCCGAUGAAGUGAAAGACAUCUAUCGAGAUCUGAAGCAUUUGUACUCAACUACGUCCGACAGUGUGACAAAAUUACAAGCGCAGUUGGCUAUUGAAAACCUCAAUGCUGCAACACAGAAAUUUUUACGCUCCCAACCUCGUAUGGAAAAGCGUAUUCAAAUACUGGAUUUGUGCAGCCCCAGUGGAAGCUGAUUAGUUAUGUGCCUUUAAUUAAAUUAUUUGAGUGUCAAUAAACUGCUUGGAAUGGAAA